CAUGGCUUGCUCUUCUGGUUGCUCUUUCCACAGCAGCAUCUUCAUGGAGAACAAAUGCAUGGUUUGUCUGGUUGAUUACUUCUGUGGGACACUUAAGAACAACUAACUUCGUUUGGUUUUGUUCACCAAAUUAACCAUUUUUCUUUUGGCAUGGAACGCAGAAAGCAAGACAUUUCAGAGAAGUCAGUCAUAGAGAGUCCUAAGAGUCAUAGAAUCACAGAAUGGGUUGGGUUGGAAGGGAGCUCUAAGGUCACCCAGUUCCAACCCCUGCUGUGGGCUGGUUGCCUCCCACCAGAGCAGGUUGCCCAGAGCCCCAUCCAUCCUGGCCUUGGGCAUCUCCAGGGAUGGGGCACCCACAGCUCUGGGCAGCAGCGCCAGUGCCUCACUGCCUUCUGAGAUCUAAUCUAAAUCUCCAUUGUACAUCAUAGCAGCCGUGUGAUGGACUAGAUGGAAAUCUUUAAAUAUAACUUUCCCCAGCUUGCACUGAGCUAGAUGUGCUACUAUGGCGGGGAAAAACACGGUGCUGCUUUACAGCCAGGUCCCAGCUGCAGGCUGCGAAAUGGUUAGUCUAGGGGCAGGCAGGUCUGACACAGAUUCUUCAGAAUGGUACCAAUUAUUUUACAGCUGAGAAAGCUACGCAUAAACAACACUUUGCCCUGCCUGCUCUGUCUCAAAUGUGUAAUUAAACCUUUCCAGCAGCUUAUCUUGCAAUUGCAACCAUGACACUCUCCAGCCUCUGGUGCUCAUCACAGAGGUGAGGAGGUGUUUGCUGUACAGCUGCUUCACCAGAGCAGCCCUUCUUCCUCAGUAUGUUAUAGUUAGGUAGAUAAAAUGCUGCUUAUUUCUGCCCUCACUCCACCUUACCUGUGGAGGCCAAGUACACAGUGAAAGCCUGUGCCAGGGGCACCUGUGUUCUGCUUUGGUUUGGAUCAGGGCACCAAGGCCCAUAAGCUGCCCCAGGCACCAGGGUGAUGCUGAGCUAUUGAGCACCAGCAGAUGCAUCCUCCUUCCUACAGAUGUUGUGGUGCCUCAGCAGACCUGUUCAUCUCUCUGACUCCUCCUCCCCAAAUUCUGCAAGUUGAGAAAGCUGUGAAAUACAGCCCACAUACAGAUGCACAAAAAUUCACCCCUUAGCAUCAUGAAGCUUGGAUGUGAUUUGCAGCUCUGAAGAAGCAUUCCUUGUCAGAUGCCCCUUCAGGUAGUGCUGGAGAAGGAAGGUAACUCCUGAACCUCCUCAAAUCCAGAAAUCCGUCCUGGGCCUGGCAUGGCCAAGGUGAAGAAAUGAGUUAAGAGUCAUCAUCCUGAUCAGCUCUUUGCUGUAAAAGGGGAAAAUAACUGUUAUCAUAAAAAAUCUUUCUGACACCAGCAGCAAGGAACUAUUGUGACAAAAUCUUGUAGCGGAAAUGCUAAGUCACAGCCUGAACCAGUGAUUGAGCACCUGGUGGGAAGGCAGGGCCAACCCAGGGGAGCUCAGGUGCAUGCAGUGCUCCUGCGUGACCAGAAGGGGUGGAGCCAGGAUUCAACCCUUCCCAGGCCUCAUUUAAGGGUGGGCAGUGGAGGUGUGGUUAUCUCUUACUGGAGAUCUCUGUCUACCUUAGGCUUUCCAAAGAUAGCAUGUUUGCAGAGACCAUGACCACUGCUUGUCUCAGCACCGCCCGUCUCAGCACUUGCCUUCCCCAGAGCAGCCACGACUCAGCCAACUUCAAUAACAAUGAACUGGAGAAUAACCAAGUGGUGGCCAAAAUCGCAAACCUAAACCUGAGUCGGGUGCCGGGACUCGCGACAGACAACCACAUCAUCCCCUGCUGCCCGAACCGGCGGCCGCGUGUCCAGGGGGUCCCGGCCUUCCUGGACACAGACCUGCGAUUCCACCCCACCCGUGGACCUGACGUCACCUUUUCUCAGGACCGGAUGGUUGCCUGCACCAACUGGCAAGAGAGCAACAGGACUUUAGUGUUUUCUGACCGCCCUUUGCACAUCGGCGAGAGCCUCUUUGUGGAAGUGGGACACCUUGGGUUGCCGUACUAUGGGGCCCUCUCGUUUGGCGUCACUUCUUGUGAUCCGAGUACUUUAAGGACAAACGAGCUCCCGGCAGAUCCGGACUUUCUCCUGGACCGCAAAGAGUACUGGGUGGUGUACCGGGCCUUCCCGGUCCUCAGCAGCGGUGACAUCCUCAGUUUCAUGGUCUUGCCAAACGGCGAGGUGCACCAUGGGGUGAACGGAGCAAGCCGCGGCAUGCUGAUGUGCGUGGAUACCUCGCAGUCUCUCUGGGUGUUUUUUACCCUCCAUGGUGUAAUCAACCAGCUCAAAAUACUGGGCACUGUGCAGUCCAGCCCAGUGACCGUCUCGCCCUCAGGGUCCCCCGGUGGCUCGCAGUACGACAGCGACUCUGACAUGGCCUUCAGCGUCAACAGGUCAUCGUCUGCCUCCGAGUCUUCACUUGUGACUGCUCCCAGCUCCCCCCUGAGCCCCCCCAUCUCUCCUGUCUUCCCCCCUCCGGAGCCAUCCAGCAGCAAGAACGGGGAAUGCACCGUCUGCUUUGACAGCGAGGUGGACACGGUGAUCUAUACCUGUGGACACAUGUGCCUCUGCAACACCUGCGGUCUUAAGCUGAAGAAGCAGCUCAACGCCUGCUGCCCCAUCUGCCGACGGGUCAUCAAAGAUGUUAUUAAGAUCUACCGCCCGUAGCGCCCGGCUCGGGCUUGGGAAGGGAGACCGCCGCUAGCAGUACCCAUGCCUUUCCGUCCCUGCUUAUGGGUUAUCGUGCUGGUCAGUUGUUAUCAAGUGGCUCGUUAUCUGUGUUUCCUUAUUUGACUGGUAGGGCACAAUUCAGGGAUCAAAUUGAGCUAAGGAUCACAUGGGGCCGUGCUGUCGGGCAGCGUGCCCACAGAGUGAAUUGUGGUAGGGACCUGACCCAGCUGCAGAUGGGAAAUUCCCUGUGCCAAGCUCUUUUAUCCUCUGGAGGAUGAGGCUGACGUGGUGUGGGUCAGGAGGGAACGCUGCCAUUUGUUGGGUGCCACUGGAUUGCCCAGCCCCAAAGCUCAGACAGCUUGGUGCUGUGGUAGAGCAAAAUUAGAAUGUGGCCCAGUGGGAGGGUUUAGAGUGGACAAAAUUGAUUUGAAAAUUUAAUACCCAUCCAUUUAAGGGGAACUAGCUAAGGCCAAAAUAGUAGCACAACCAGACUGUCAUUUGUUUGGGUUUUGAGCAGGCUUCUGGGGCAUGCGGAGGAGCUGCUUUGGGCUUGGCUGCAGCAGCUCUUGUUUUUUGUGGCAGAACAGAGCCCAGGUUUUGCUCUGCUCCUCCCAGCACGGGGCAGUUGCGGUCUCACAAAGUCCUGCCAGGCCCAUGUCUCUUACCUUGGCCCAGUCCCUGCGGGCUCACCUUCUUUCUGGGGACUGAGCCAUAUUUCUGCUGCCUCUCUGGAUUUCCCAGCACAGCUCCCGCUGCCCGCACACUGGCUCCUAUGGGAGGCUUUAGCCACAGACAAGAACUCAUUGGGAUGAAUGGGAACAAACUUGGCUUUGCAUGGGAAGCAGAAAGAAAAAGGCUCUGAGGCUUUUAUUAGACUUAAAAGGUAAAUGGUUUUCAGUUGUGAUGUUAGAUAGCCAUGAGCAGCAGUGACCCAAAGGAGGUGGGAUGUGCAUGGGCAGGCAGUGGGGCUGUGCAGGGCUCAGUGUCCUCCCUGAUGCUCCCACAGGAGCUCCCCCAUGCUCUGCCCCCCUGCAGGCUUCCUCCCUGCUCCUUCCUCCUGCGCACACCCCAAGCCUGGCUGCAUUUCCAGGAUUCAAACUGGAGGGUGAGAGAGGGGCUGAUGUCAUUCUAGCUCGGUGAUCGUGUGCCACCAAGUGAGUAAGAAAGGUGCAGUUACCACCUUUCAGUCCAAAAACGGAGAACAGCAACCCAUGUGCUGCAGGGCUGCUGAGUGCAGAGGGAUGCUCCUGUCCCUCCACGCUGUGGGUGUGCUGCUGCCUCUCUGCUACCACUGCUGCUGGUGGCCGGGUUAUGCUGCCCCAGUGGGGGCUGUGGGGUUGCUCUCCUCCUCAAUGACCUGUCCCACGUACACCCAGCAUGCAGGGCAGACAUGCCAGCUCACAGGGCAUGGAGAAAACUUCAUAUAUAAUUUUUUUAAACUUGAAGACCUAAUGAGCAUUUCCAUUAAGUGUAUAAAUGAGAGGCUGCUUUAGAAUGAGAUCUCUCAGCCACUCCCCUGCUGCAUGGACACGAGAGCCUGCUGGUAUUGCAGAGCCCUUUUGGGUAACUUGGCUCAUCCCUGCUGUACAGCAUCAUCUUUGCAUAAUCCAGGGGCCAGGGCAGGUUUCCAGCAGCAGAAGCACUGCAGCGACCUCAAGGCUGCCUGGCUUUGGUUCCCCUAGUCUUGUCCAGCCUUCAUAGCUUGAGGCCUGGCUGUGGUCCGUGGGCACAGCACAGGGAACUGUGGUGACAUGGUAUGGGGCUGUGGCAUGUCACUCACCCUGAUGGGCUGCCCUGUGCCUUGCUGUGCAUGGGCUGCAGUGGAAACCCUUUCCAUGAGAAGGAGCUCAAGGAAAGCUGAAUUCACAGCAAGCGAUGCUGGCUGGGAUCACAAUGGACUAGCAGAUGCCAGCAGCUGUCCCCAUGCUCCCUGUUCUGGGGCUGCCUGCUCUGUUUGGAGCUGGCACACAGCUGCAAUAACGCACGUAGCCCAUUUGCUUGGCUGACACCUCAGGUCUUUAACAAGCAGGGCUCACUGCACACCUGGUUCAUUUGCUGGUGCAGCUCUUAUAUUUUAAGCCAGCAAGGAGAAACAGCAAAACCAUGGCCAGGCUGCACAGGGAUGGUCUUUGCUGCAGCAAGCAGGAGGGGAGCAAGCAGAGAGCUCCUGUGGGGAAUUAUUGGAGCCAGCAUCCAGCAGAGUGGGGAACAGGCAGCAGUGGGUGCAUCACCGGUCAGAGAGCAACAGGGAUUUUCUGAAAGAGGUGGCGGAGGCCUCUCAAAAUGAUUUCCAGGAAAAGGCAGCCUCUUACAGAUUUAAUUGUUAGUACUCGUAUUGCUAUUUUUUUUAAGCAGUCUGAUGAUACAUGAUUUGUACAGAAGAUCUGUUUGUGCCUUAUAAGGGUGUCUGUGCACUUUUUAUCCUUUUUAAAUCAACUUUUAAAAUAAAAGAAAAACAGGGAGAAAAUCACACAGAUCAAUGGUAGUUUUAUAGAGUUUUGUGUUCACUGCGAAUCCCGCUUUGUAUAUAUUUAUAUAUAUGUAUAUGAAGAUAUACAUAUAUAUAUAAAUAUAGUAGUGGAAAAGUGUUUAUUUCCAUAGAUUUUUCCCCCUGCUCCUAUUUGUUGGGUUCUUUCUUUUUAAAAAAAAAAAAGGAAUAGAGAAAUAAAAGGGUUCCCCUCACUCUGCUCUUUCG